AUGGCCACCGCAUGGCAGCCCGCUUGCGCCGGUGUCCAGGACGGCUUCGCGUUUGCGCCCGUGGCGCGCUGGGGCCAGCCCGCGGCGCAAGACGGCAUGCUGGCUCACGGAUUGAGCGAUGCGGUGCCGAGGCCGUGGGGCGUCGGCGGUGGAUGCGGGGGCGCCGCGAUCUCGGGCGGGCAGGGCUCCUGGGCGCGGGCCUGGGCGGGCGGCCUCGGCGGAGAUGAGGGGCUGGCCAGAUCGCAGGGCGGCGCUUGUGCCGGCAAGGGCGGAGGCUGUCGGGAGGGAGGCCAAGGAGCGGCGUGGGAGAGUCGGACGGCGCUGCCAGACUGCGACAUGGAGGACUCCCUCCUGGCCUGCGGCACGGCGCUCAUGACCGCAUUCUCGCGCGGCGAUGCCCUGGCGGAUCCCCCGGAGGCGGGAAGGGCGCUGGCCUGCUCGCCGGUGCUGACCGGCGGCGCCAUGACGGCGGACAUCGGCAGAUGGGACCUGGUGCUGGGCAAGGGGCUGCCGAAUUCAUUCCUGGGCGGCCGCAGCGACACGCUGAGGAGCAUUGCCACCCAGGGAGGGGAGGAGGAGGACGCGUAUGUCGAUUAUGGGGGCUUUGAUGAGGAUGGCAGGCGGAGGCUGUUUUGUGAGGGCGGCACCCAUGACAAUAGUCGGGGGGCGCCCAUGGGACAGGAAUGGUUUCUGUCCAGAUCGUCCUGGUCCAGUGAGGACGACCUGAUCAGCAUUGCGGGCAGCGAGGAGGGCGCGCAGCUUGGAAUGGAGCGGCAGUGCUUGGAGCCGUUCGAGGCUCGCACACAUGAAGGAAUUGGGAGGUUUGGUGCCGCGGAGGGGGAUGGGCAACUGAUGGGCCCCGGAGAUGGGGGCGCUGCUCGUGGUCGGGCUACCCGGGCGAGGGUGGAGGAGGCGUUUGGGGUGGAGUUUGGCAUGGAUUUGCACGUGCAGGAUGGUUUUGGAGGGGGCAGGGCGUUGGGUCGGCUUGCCGGAGGCAACGAGGCGCAGCUCCGCAGGGGGCUCGGCCUCCAGCGCAAGAGCAGCACCGUGCUGACAGACCGGCGGUCCAACCAGAUGAUUCCUGGGCUGCUGCUCGGCGAGGACGUGCCCAGGCCCCAAUUCCCAUCCCUCACAUCGGUGUUCGGAUCUUGCAACAGCUCGAACAGGGCCUUCCUCUGCAUGCCAGGCCCCGGGCACCGCCCGCACCUGCCGUCCCUGAACUCAAUAUUCGGGACGUGCGGCAGCUCCUGCAUCUCAUCCAGGCAGCCCCCACUGCCCUCGCUGACUUCGGUCUUCGGCUCGUGCAACGGGCGGUCGGCCGAGGGCAGGCACAGGCACAGGGCCAGGGGGCUGGAGGGUGGCCUCACGGAGUGCAGCGUGUGCCUCACAGUCUACUCGGAUUUGGACCUUGAGGAUGGGCUGGUGUUUGAGGGCAGCUAUGGAGAUGCUGCCGCGCUGGGAGGGGGGAUGGCAAGUUUGGCAUGCGUGGGGUGCAGCCCCGGGAGAGACGAGCAGGGCUGCAAUAGCAUUAGGGAUGAGGGCUGCACGAUGCUGAGGGAGGGGGCAGACCACCCCUACUUCGAUGCGGAGUGGAACCUGAUUCCGAUGCUGAACGAACUGUGGGGAGAGGAGGCUGAUGAUGUGCCCAAGAAACGGGCAACAAUCAAAGCAAAGGUUUUGUACCAAGCUUUGAAGAAUGUGCCUUUGGUUCCACAACAGCACGUGCUGUCAAUCAGGAACCUUGGCGAAGGGUCGUAUGGCCGGGUGGCCCUUGGGUUUUGUCCCGGUUUGGGAGAAAUUGCUGUGAAAUGGAACAAGGCGGAUGAUAGACCCACGAAUAGCCUGGAGUUCCAGCACGAAGCGGCGAUGCUGGCAACGCUGAACCACCCCAAUGUCAUGGGGCUGCUGGGCCUUGUCACACGAUCAGCUUCGGAGGGAGAGGUGGUGGGAUUCAUGACUGAGUUUGCGCCCUAUGGCACGCUGUCGGCGUACAUAAGGCGGACGAGGCGUGUCCUUCCCCUGAAGGAGAGGCUAUUCUUGGCUUUGCAGGUUGCACGCGGCAUGGCGUUCAUCCAUUCCUGCGAUGCGGUGCAUUUUGACCUCAAGCCAGACAAUGUGCUGGUGCAGAGGGGCCAUGAGCAGGACCCCCUGCUGAAGGUGGCGGACUUGGGGCUGGCACGUUGGAAGGUGGACGGCAUGGUGAAGGCACCGGGUUCCCUGCGUGGCACACUGCCGUACAUGGCGCCAGAGCUCGUGUGCGAUGUGCCGCUGGUGUCGGACAAGGUGGACGUCUGGGCGUUCGGCUGCAUGCUGCAGGAGAUGGCCACGCUAGAAGUGCCCUAUUCGGACAUGCUGUCCGAGGAGAUUGUGAUGGGCCUGAUGGAGGGCUGGCUGCAGCCCCCCAUACCCAUGUGCGAGCCCGAGUGGCAGGGCCUGUUGGAGCAGUGCCUGGCCUUUGCUCCGCAGAGCAGGCCGAGCUUCGAGGAACUGUCCUGCCGCAUCGCGGCGCUGCACAAUGCCUGUUGA